AAACGAAGGAACACAAAUAAAUAACAAGAGGAGGAGGAGAACAAGAAGUAUUAUGGGUGGGAGCCAAAGAGUUUUGAUAGCAGCACGGUUCGCCUGGUUGGCUGACGACGGCUGGGCUUGAACUUAUCACGUGGCUAAAGCCAGCAUUACCUUUGUUUCCUUCUGUGCAGUCUGCAAAAUGCUGCUGAAAUUAACCCACUUCAGACUCGUCCACACUGUCUUCAAACAACUUCUCCCUCCCUCUGCUGCCACCAUCACCAAAGUUGGUCAGCAUCGGACAAUAUGGACUGGUCAGGAAGAACUGAAAGAUGUUGACCCUGAGAUGCAUGACCUGUUACAGAAGGAGAAAAGCCGACAAAUUUAUGGAUUAGAAUUAAUUGCUUCAGAAAACUUUGCAAGUAGAGCUGUGAUUGAUGUUACAGGCUCAUGCCUCACCAAUAAGUAUUCUGAAGGCUACCCAGGGGCACGAUAUUAUGGAGGAAAUAUUUACAUUGACCAAAUUGAGCGUUUAUGUCAGAAGAGGGCCCUGGAAUGUUUCCGAGCUGAUCCAGAACGAUGGGGUGUGAAUGUACAACCAUAUUCGGGGAGCCCAGCUAACAUGGCUGUGUAUACUGCUGUUUUAAAUCCCCAUGAUCGAAUCAUGGGACAAGAUUUACCGGAUGGAGGACAUUUGACACAUGGCUUUAUGACUGACACCAAAAGAAUCUCUGCUACAUCCAUUUUCUUUGAAUCAAUGCCUUACAAGAUCAAUCCAUCAACAGGACUUGUAGACUAUGACAAACUCCACGAACAUGCCAAACUAUUCCGACCGCGUCUCAUUAUAGCUGGGACAUCUGCUUACUCUCGUCUAUUGGAUUACAAGCGUUUCAGAGAGAUAUGUGAUGACGUUAAUGCCUUGCUACUGGCUGACAUGGCCCACAUCUCUGGCCUGGUGGCGGCUGCAGUGAUUCCCAGCCCGUUUGAAUCUGCUGACCUCAUAUCAACCACAACACACAAAUCACUGCGAGGACCAAGGUCUGGAAUGAUUUUUUAUCGUAAAGGUGUGAAAUCUGUGAAUAAAAAAACUGGAGAAAUUAAGAUGUAUGAUUUAGAGGCAAAGGUAAACAAUGCUGUAUUUCCUGCUUUACAAGGUGGCCCUCAUCAGAACCAAAUUGGAGCAUUGGCAGUUGCACUCAAACAGGCCAUGGAUCCAGAAUUCAAGGACUAUCAAGUUCAAGUGAUGAAAAAUGCCAAAACUCUUGCUAAAUGUUUAAAUGCAAAAGGCUACAAACUAGUCUCAGAUGGCACUGAUAACCAUUUAGUUUUGGUGGAUAUGAAGUCUAAAGGAAUUGAUGGCGCCAGAGCUGAGAGAAUCCUAGAACUGAGUGGUAUUACAACCAACAAAAAUACCUGUCCAGGAGACAAGAGUGCUAUGGUACCAGGAGGAAUUAGAUUGGGAACACCAGCAUUAACGUCAAGAGGAUUUAAAGAAGAAGAUUUUGAGUUGGUUGUUGAUUUCUUUGACCAGGCCAUACAGCUGGGGCAAGAAGUAAAGAAGAAGACCAGUGAGUUGGCUAUGUUUUAUGUUUGUGCAUAGUGUAUAGAUAUGCGU